CCCAAUCCGUGACACACCACCCCCCACCUGCCUCAUUUCCAGCAAAUGCACUCAAUCUAAAAGCAAUUAAAUUUCGAAGUUGUCCGUGUGCAGCACGAAGCACGCAGCACGCGCUCCCUCCGUUUCAUUCACUUUUUGGCAAGCUGUCGGAUCAACCUUGAUACAAGAUUCAUGUACUGUUAUACAUCAAAAACCCCUGGAAUUAUACCCAGCAUAGCGUGAGAGGUACUCUAAGCAGUAUUACAACAAAGGAUAACUCCCCACAAUCACGCAUUGGGCGGCCACCGUUGAGAAUAGUUCAAGUGUACCUACUCAACAUGUUCAACGAGGACAUCCCUGGCGUUGAAGUCGGCGUACAAAUCAACGGUGCUAAUGUCCAGGAGUACGAUGCUCCUGAUGCUGGCGAUGAAGAUGAGAACACCCCAACGCUCACCAAGUACGUUGAAUGUAUCGAUCAGGCUCUCUUCGGUGUUAUGUUGCAGAUCCACGGUGACUAUGACUGGGACGAGAUGCCACAUUGCUUGUCGCUCAAUCUUCAUGUUGACGGACACUUCAUAAUGGGCAAGAUCUUUAGAAAAGGCGAUCUACUUCCUGUUAUCGUCAAGGGACGAGAAGAGCCUGAGCCCGGAACUGACAACUGGCUGCUGCACAGACUCCAGUUCACAUCUAUUAAGACAGUCGACGACGCAAAGAAAGAUCGCGUCGAGAAGGAUAUCAAAUUAGCCAAUAAUCUCGGUAUCAUUGAGGUUCGCGUCGAACGUGGCACUGAUCUUGGCCGAUCAUCGUACAAGGGCGCUCAGGUGGCAAACAAGAAAUUUGAGCUUGCUGAGAAGUCACUAAAAGGCAAGGCUGUCUCGCACGGGACUAGUCUUGGCGCCGUCCAGCAGACGUCGAAACCAAAUUACAUCAAAUUCGAGCGGCUCAAUGAGGAUGACGGCCCAAUCGCCAAAUUUCGUUUCCUUUACAGAUCGCGAGACGCUUUGAAGCGAGAGUUGAUUAUACCUCGAUCACCGACUCCUCCUCCUCCCGCCUUCGCUGCUUUGACUGAAGCCGAUAUGCGCCGACUAGCCAGAGAGCGAUUUGAGCAACUUCGUGACAAUAAUGUCAAGAAGGAGAGUAGUCGUCCGAUCAAGCGGGAGUUUGGCGAGGUGUUCGACCUGACUCGGGACGAAACUCCAAGAGGAAGGAAAGGCAAGAUGACAAGACUUGCCUCCGGUCAGAGGGUAGAGGUGAUCAACCUUAGUGAUGAUGGUGAUGAUGAUGACUAAACUAAAUCUUUUGACGAGGCA